CCCCAAGUACGCACGAUUUAGAUUCAGAUUCAGAUUCAGAUCCAGGGAUCAGAUUUUUCAGUUUCAGUUUCACCAUUGUUGACCUCUUGUCAUCUUCUUCUGCAGCCCUAACCCGUCUUUGCCAGCGUCCUGUUCCACUCCCCUCUCGCUUUCUCUCUUUCGAUUCGAAUGCUUCCUCCUUUUUUUCACUGACGGCGCCAAUGGUGAUCUCUUCCGUCCACGGCAGCCUUUCGCCUGUGCCCUUUUAGUGUCUGCCCUCCCAAGCACCGAACAGUGAGCGUCUUUCAUUGCCGUUCAGCUCUUCAAUCUCCGUUCUUUAUUCUGCCUCUUAAUCUCAGGUCGUCUCGAAGCAAACAAGUUUAUGAGCUGGUUGGAUCAUUACAGUGAACUUACCAGGGGAAUUCUUGAAUAGGUUUUUCAUAUCUGGUUUCAAAAUUUGAGGAAACAAAGCAUUCAUUUUAAAAGAAUGCAGAAUCAGGAAAAUCUUGAUGCUGAUGGGAAAGUGGAGUCUGUGAUAUCAAUUCAAACACCAGACUAUGAUAGUUGGGACACUUUUGGUGACGAUGAAAUCAUGCAGCAGAAAUCUGCAAUUUUUGUUCAGGAGGCUGAGAAAGUUCCAUUUGUUGGUGACAAGGAACCACUUUCUUCUUUAGAAGCUGAAUAUAAAUCCGGAAGUCCCAUUUUGCUGGAGAAAAUUAAGGUGCUCAGUGGCCAAUAUGCUGCCAUUCGUCGAACACGUGGUGAUGGGAAUUGCUUUCUCCGCAGCUUCAUGUUUUCUUAUCUUGAACAUAUUUUAGAGUCGCAAGACACCGCUGAAGUUGAUCGGAUCAAAAUAAAUGUGGAAAAUUGUAGGAAAACACUUCGAAGUCUGGGAUAUACAGAAAUUACUUUCGAAGAUUUUUUUGAGCUAUUCCUUGAGCAGCUGGAAAGUGCUCUUCAAGGAAAUGAAAAUUCUAUAAGUCAUGAUGAACUUGUUCUUAGGAGUCGAGACCAAUCCAUCUCUGAUUAUGUUGUUAUGUUUUUCAGGUUUGUUACAUCAGGUGAAAUUCAAAAGCGUUCAGAAUUUUUUGAGCCUUUUAUUAUGGGAUUGACACAUGGAACGGUUGAUCAGUUCUGCAAAUCAGCAGUUGAACCAAUGGGUGAAGAGAGUGAUCAUGUACACAUAAUUGCGUUAUCUGAUGCAUUGGGUGUGCCAAUCCGUGUUCUGUACCUCGAUCGGAGCUCUUGUGAUUCUGGUGGCAUCAGUGUAAAUCACCAUGAUUUUGUUCCUGCUUCUAGUGAUGGCUCAGGUGUUAGUGUUGGCUCUGAGAUAAAGAUCCCUUUCAUUACUUUGCUCUAUCGUCCUGGUCACUAUGAUAUUCUCUAUCCAAAGUGAUGCACAUUGGCCACUGGCGAACCAAGGUGGGGCUCUCAAAGAUGAACUGCAUUGGCACGGCAAACAUGGAUCCAAAGUUUCGAUGAGAUAAAGGUUGGAUCUUUAUAAUUGAUGCUUGCCAGAUGCUCUGUACUGAUUUUAAAUAUAUUGUUGAGCUGUUUGAGUUUUUUUUUUAUAAAAAAACUAUAUUCGCCGGGUAAACUGAAAUUUGGAAUAUAUGUGAUCAGCCAUUGAGAUACAAAUAGAUUUCCUUGUGCCGAAA